AUGUCAGUAGAUCUCAAGUAUGACACCACUAGACUGAAUUGUCUCCGUGAAGCUGUACGAAUCCCGCAACUGCUAGAACAGGAAGUCUGCUCCGUCUCUCGCGUAGGGUGGUCGUUUGGAUUGGCCAGUUCGCAAGACGAUCUGAUGGUAGGAAUAGACGAUAGGACUCAAGCAACGACUCUCUGUGUAGGCGCAGCCGCAUUCGUCAGUUCUUUACCAGUACCAGACAGCCAAUACCGUCAUUGCCGUUUCGUCUCGCGUAACGUUGUGAUUGAAGAUCCAUGUGGCAAUAUCAAGAACGAUAUCAAGGCGCAAAUACAUGCCGGCUGUUGCAAGCCCAUCCUUUCUGCCUCUCGAAAGCACUAUUAUGAUGUUUCUGCCCCCGAAGAGUCGAUCCACACGGAAAUCGUGAUGACGGUGGGCGGAUGCCAAACUAACGUCCUAGUCGUGGGAUUUGACUCCGUCCGCCACGGGUCUCCGGUCCAGACUCCAAGAGCAUUCGUCUUCAACCGACACAUAAAAAUGCGGGAUGUGGGGCAACGACCUCGAAAUUCGCGGUCGCUGUCCGACAAAGUCGACGCCAGGAUUGGACUGCAUGGAGCUAUCUGA